GAGGAAGCCUGUGUCCCUCCCGCGCCUGAGGCCGGUGUUCCCCCGCACUCCGCGCCCGGGCCCAGACUCUUUCUCCCCGAUCCCCGGCCCGGCCCCCGCCCCGCCCCGCCCCAGCCCGCUGGGCCGCCAUGGAGCGCUGGCCUUGGCCGUCGGGCGGCGCCUGGCUGCUCGUGGCUGCCCGCGCGCUGCUGCAGCUGCUGCGCUCAGACCUGCGUCUGGGCCGCCCGCUGCUGGCGGCGCUGGCGCUGCUGGCCGCGCUCGACUGGCUGUGCCAGCGCCUGCUGCCCCCGCCGGCCGCACUCGCCGUGCUGGCCGCCGCCGGCUGGAUCGCGUUGUCCCGCCUGGCGCGCCCGCAGCGCCUGCCGGUGGCCACUCGCGCGGUGCUCAUCACCGGCUGUGACUCUGGUUUUGGCAAGGAGACGGCCAAGAAACUGGACUCCAUGGGCUUCACGGUGCUGGCCACCGUAUUGGAGUUGAACAGCCCCGGUGCCAUCGAGCUGCGUACCUGCUGCUCCCCUCGCCUAAGGCUGCUGCAGCUGGACCUGACCAAACCAGGAGACAUUAGCCGCGUGCUAGAGUUCACCAAGGCCCACACCACCAGCACUGGCCUGUGGGGCCUGGUCAACAACGCAGGCCACAAUGAAGUAGUUGCUGAUGCGGAGCUGUCUCCAGUGGCCACUUUCCGUAGCUGCAUGGAGGUGAAUUUCUUUGGCGCACUCGAGCUGACCAAGGGCCUCCUGCCCCUGCUGCGCAGCUCAAGGGGCCGCAUCGUGACUGUGGGCAGCCCAGCGGGGGACAUGCCAUAUCCAUGCUUGGGGGCCUAUGGAACCUCCAAGGCGGCUGUGGCGCUACUUAUGGACACAUUCAGCUGUGAACUCCUUCCCUGGGGGGUCAAGGUCAGCAUCAUCCAGCCUGGCUGCUUCAAGACAGAGUCAGUGAGAAACGUGGGUCAGUGGGAAAAGCGCAAGCAAUUGCUGCUGGCCAACCUGCCUCAAGAGCUGCUGCAGGCCUAUGGCAAGGACUACAUCGAACACUUGCAUGGGCAGUUCCUGCGCUCGCUACGCCUGGCCAUGUCCGACCUCAGCCCAGUUGUAGAUGCCAUCACAGAUGCGCUGCUGGCAGCUCGGCCCCGCCGCCGCUAUUACCCCGGCCAGGGCCUAGGGCUCAUGUACUUCAUCCACUACUACCUGCCUGAGGGCCUGCGGCGCCGCUUCCUGCAGGCCUUCUUCAUCAGUCACCGUCUGCCUCGAGCACUGCAGCCUGGCCAGCCUGGCGCUACCCCACCACAGGACGCAGCCCAGGACCCAAACCUGAGCCUCGGCCCUUCCCCAGCAGUGGCUCGGUGAGCCCUGUGCACCUAUGGCCCAGCCAAUGCAGCACAGAAGGCUCUGUGAGCCCUUGGUUCCUCCCCGAAAACCCCCAGCAUUACCAUCCCCCAAGUCUGUCCUGGACCCUAGCCUAAAGGAUCCUGCCCCCACUUCAUGCCCACUGCCGAUGCCCAAUCCAGGCCCGGUGAGGCCAAGGUUUCCCAGUGUGCCUCUGCGCCUCUCCACUGCUUCAUGAGCCCAAACAGACCCUCCUGGCACAACACUCUAUCCUGAAGCUUGGAGAACUCUGCUGGAUGGGGAGUCUCGUGAAAGACCUCACUGCAGUCUUUCACAGGACUCUGCAGAUGGUGCCUCUGCAAACUAAGGAGUGACUGGGUGGGUUGGGGUCCCCCUCAGGAUUGUUUCUCAGCACCAGUGCCUCAGUGCUGCAAUUGAGGGUUAAAUCCCAAGUGUCUCUUGACUGGCUCAAGAAUUAGGGCCCCAACUACACGCCCCCAAGCCACAGGGAAGGUUGUACUGUACUUCCCAAUUGCCACAUGUUAAAUAAAGACAAAUUUUUAUUUCUUCUAAAA